ACUAUGCCUCAAGGGUCACCCACUCCGUGGUCGUAUUUUCUAAUACGGCUGCUUUUCAAGUUUGUCUUGAAGAUAUUUUACGGGACUAUCGUGGUAGAGAACGCGGAACAUGUACCGAAGACGGGGGAGCCAUGCAUUGUGUGUGCGAAUCACAGCAAUUCCCUCACGGAUGCAUUAUUACUUGUAACAGCCAUCCCUCAGCGGCGGCGCAACAUGCUCAGACUUACAGCCAAAUCCACACAAUUUGGCAAGAAGACAUUUACUAGCUGGCUCAUCGAGUCCGCCGGAACCGUCCCCAUCAAACGGCGGAAGGACUUUGGCGACCAGGAGGUGGACAAUAGCAUGGUUAUGGGUAAUCUCAUGGAGGCUCUGGAAAAGGGAGACGCCGUAUGCUUAUUCCCGGAAGGGGCGAGUAGGUAUCAUCCCAGUAUCGCGCCCUUGAAAACAGGAGUUGCUCGUCUCGUGUCCGAGGUAUUAUCCAGGAACCGCGACAACCCGGCUUUCGAGAUAUCCAUACUAAAUUGCUCCAUCACUUACAUGCACAGGCAACACUGGCGCUCCGACGUCCUCGUUACCUUCCACCCGCCCAUGCGCUUCACACCCAAGGCGCAUCCGGAGCUGCUCGCUCCAGUCGACUAUACUCACAUCCGGCUGCUCACCGCGCGCAUGCACCAGCAGAUCUCCGCGGGCACGCUCGACUCGCCCUCGUGGGACCUCGUGCGCACGAGCAAGCUCGCCGCGCGCAUGUAUGCGCCCCUCGGGACGCGCAUGAGCCUCGGCGACUACGUCCGUGUCGUGCGCACCUUCCUCGACGCGUUUAAGUUGACCGUGCCGGGCACGAAUGGGGAGGGGAAUACCACCGCGAGCGGGAGUGAGGGGGAGGGCGAGAUGAGGGAGGAGAUACGGGAGUUGGUGAAGCUCAGGCAGGAUUUGAAGUCCUAUCAAGACACCCUCUCCAAAUGGGGCGUCAAGGACGACCGCAUCCGCCGCCCGCUCUCGCGGGCCACCAUCCUCCGGCGCAUACCCAUCCGCCUCGGCUGGUCGCUCGUCCUCUUCACGCUCUCCAUCCCCGGGCUCCUGUUGUGGCUCCCCAUCGUGCUCACCACCUUCAUCGGGGUGCGCAACUUCACCAAGACGGGGCCGGUGUGGGACACUUGGGACGAGAUCGCGCAAUACAAGCUCGUGUACGGGCUGAUCUCGGGGGUAUGCGUGUGGUUGGGUAGCAUGGUGAUCACGUUCCCCGUUGCGCCCUUAACGGCUGUGGUCGUCCCUGCGGUGAUGUGGAUGACCCUGAGGUGGAUGGAGGACGCAGUGAGCGCGUUCAGAGCGUUUGCAGCUUUGGUUCGGCUGUUGCUAGUUCGGGGCCGGACAUUGCGAGAGAUUGCGGAGGUAAGGAGGGACUUGUACGAGCGGGUGAUGGUGCUUGCGCGUAGGCUGGGAUUGCCGGAAGAUCCGGAGACGUAUUUUGCGCAGCUCGGUGGUAGGGAGAAGGGCAGGGUGAGGGGAAGUUGGGAGAGCCGAGUGAAGUAUUUCUCUAUCCGGAGAAGGAGAAAGAGGGAUUGGAAUGAGACCCUUCGGUUGUAUGAUCAAGUGGACUACCCGGAAGACUAA